GCCCUUCCACAGCAGUUUGACAUCGCCUUUCGAGAAAACUUCGGAAACAAAAAAACGCGUGAAGGCAAACUGCAGUCAAAAAUCGGACGAAAUUGUCAGUCGUCAGAAGCGAUAGAAGUAAACGGGAGUGAAAAAGUUGUUUUCCACGCAGUGGAACGAAAAAUACACAGCAAGUGUGAUUCCGGAGAGGAGGAGAUAGAUUCAAGUUUUCGCCAUUGCAAUUUUCGAAGGGGAGAAAAAAAAAGCAUCGGUGACCUCGGGCUCGAAGAAAAGUGCGCUCCGUAAAGGCUUCGUGCCUCGCCGUUUUUAUUUUUCUAGUCAGACCAUCGGCAGAUUAGAGGAAAAGCCAAUCGUCGUCGAAUUUGGUGCGUUUUUUCGCUGGUGGCACAAGAGAAGAGGAGGAAAAACAGCAGGAAGAAAAAGAAGCAAGAGUAAAAUUUUCUGCAGCAGCUGUACUCACACAAAUACAGACAGCAGCAGCCAGUCGCCAUUACACAAUACAUCGAAAUACCUUCCCAUCGUGGAUCGUUCCGUGUGUAGAUUUUUAAUAAUAGAAGGAGAUUGUGGUCUCCAGCUAGGAGGAAAGUGCGUCGAAGUGUCCAUUUAGUAGAGGAAGGUCGUCGGAAGUAACGAUGCAUAUAAACAAUCCGGAUGCGUUGAAGACGUGGCUGACGGAGGUUCUGGAACCUCUUUGCGAUGCUGAUCCCGCUGCAUUGGCCCGAUAUGUGCUGGCACUGUUGAAGAAGGACAAACCCGAAAAGGAACUAAGAGACUGCAUGAAAGAACAGCUGGAUGUUUUUCUGGCCCACGAAACAGAACCAUUCUUGGAGCGAUUGUUCCGGGCGAUCAAAAGUGAGGAGUAUAUCAAAAUAGUGCAAGCAAAGGAAGCUGCCGCAGCGUUGGCCGCUGCUACUUCUGCUGCUGCUGCAGCCGCCCAACUACAAAGUGUCCACCCCGCAACCCAGUCACAGUCUUCGUCAACCCCGGAGGAAAGCAGCAACAGCACCUCCAAGGUGCGCAUCAAGCGGGAGUUCACCCCACCCCUUCAGGACACCAACAGCAACGGCAAAUCAUCCAACAAAGAUUCAUCUGCGGGAAAUGCCAUCUCGGGAGACAAAACUUCCAUCACCUCCAGCAGCAACAGUAGUGCCGUGCAUGAAACUGCAUCCGAAUCAGUGCCGAGCAGUGUCAGUGGGGGAGCGACUUCGACCCCACAGGCCCCCAACAGUGUAGGUUCCAGUCAAAACGCAGCGGGGAAAACUCCAGCCAAAAGUUCCAGCAACAAGGAUGAGCAUAACAAAGACAGCCGCAGCAGAGGCCGCCGGAUAUCGAAUCGCUCUCGGUCACGGUCGCGGUCCCGAUCCAGAUCUUUCGAACGGAACCGCGAAUCUCGUCGAUCACGUUCCCGAGACCGCGGCCCUCUGCGCGGGGAAUCCAAUCGGGACAAGGUUAACCGUCAAUAUCGGAGCAACAAAUCGCCGGCAGGUCGGGGCGAAUCCUUCCGCCGGUACGAUCGCAAAAAUCACGGAUAUGAAAGUCGUCGCGGCGGUGGCGGUGGCGGAGGUAGCGGAAGCGGUGGGGGUGGUUCUGGUGGAAGUUCCGGAGCUAGUGCAGGCACUAGUGGCAAUCGCAUAGUUAACAGAAGCCAAUCCGGUAGCCGAUCGCCAUCACCAGUCGUUGAUCGUAGGAAAAUGGCCCGUUCCGAAUCGCCGGUUUCCGUGGCGGCACCAACUGUUAUCCCCACCCCUGCACUGGAACCCAUCGUUGAAACUGGGUCGCUGAAUGCUAAAAGACAACGCUGCAGGGAUUUCGAUGAGAAAGGCUACUGUAUGCGAGGAGAAACGUGUCCCUGGGAUCAUGGUGUUGAUCCGGUUGUUUUGGAAGAUAUCAAUAAUCCGGCACUGAUAACGAUUCAAUCCGCGGCUCAGAUGCGAACGGGGCCAAUUCAUCCCGAAUACAGUCCAGAUGCUCCAGAAUUGUGGAACAGACCGCCUAGUUUCCCGCCAGGCAGACCUUCCAUCGCCCAGAGGCUAGGAAACAUUGCAGGAGUUACUGGAUUUGGACCACGCGGUGCACUGAGUGGGUCAUUCCGAGGUGUGGCUCCUGGUUUUCCCACAGGUUUCCCAGGAAAUCCAAUCGGUGCGACUCCACUCCAGAGAGAGCUUAUAUCCGUUCCCGUCGUAGAUGCCAACAAAGGAGGAGACGUUUCGGCACAACAACCAAAGCGUCGAUUUGAACCAGAGGAUGCCGUCGCGGUGGCUGAUGCUCACUUGAAGAGGAAACUUCCAUUGAAUAACCGCUUGGGACCCCGAGUGGCCGGACACCCUGCCAAUAAUGGCGGUAUUGUAAACCCACAGCAAAACUGUUCAUUGGAGUUGCGGAAGAUUCCGAGAGGGUUGAAUGCGAUCGCUCAUUUGAACAAUCACUUCUCCAAAUUCGGAAAGAUUGUCAACAUCCAAAUCAGCUACGAUGGGGACCCAGAAGCGGCCAUCGUGACAUUCUCAACCCAUGCCGAAGCGAAUGUCGCCUAUCGCAGCACGGAGGCCGUUCUAAAUAAUCGUUUCAUUAAAGUAUUUUGGCAUUCGUCGCCGGUUGGAGGAGAACAGCCUGCAAUCACACCAGGUGCCAAGACAGAGCAUUCGCUGCGUAGAACGUACCCGAAUCAGUACAGCAUCAACAAUAACCUUAACAUUACAUCUGUUGCCGCGACUCCAACGUCCACGACGCCAACGGUAUCCAAGGACGGAGCUGCGGCCAUUGUUGCAACCAGCUCUGCAGCAUCUUCCAUUGCUAGCGGUGGCGAGAAUGUUGCUCCUAGCACAACUGUGGUAGCCACCCAUUUGACAAACACUGCUACCAAACUCGUCAAUACCGGUGCGGCUCCGAUCGUGACAGCAAACCAAUUACGUAUGAAAAAUGCUGCUAAAAUCAAUCAUGCCAAGUCCGACCUUAUGAGAAAGACGCAGGAAAUCAGCCAGGGACUGCUGAAGCGAAAGUACGAUCUUCUACAGCGCUACCUGAAGGAACUCCGAACGCUGGUGAUGAUGGUCGAAAAGUUCGAAGCGCAUGAUCCGAGUCGUGCCAAGUUGCUGUCGUCGAUCAAAGAACUGGAAGGCAACAUCGACAAACUGAAGCAGGAAAUCGCCAGUGAUCAGCAUCAGAUUGCGCCUCAAAUGGCCCCAAAGCGCAAAACUAAAGAACAGCACGAGAAGGAGAUCCUCGAUGCAGAAUUGGAACUGAUUGCCCAAGAACAACGUACUCACCGAGUGCCCGGAACAGGAAAUGGUCCGGCUCCAGUGGUAGCCAAUGCGGGUGGUCCCAUAAGUAAACCUCAGCUGUUUGGUCCGCAAGGAGCUCGGGCUGCUCGUUCCAUUAAUCGAGUGGCUCCUCUUGGUUCCACCAGUGUAGAUCGACGUCCAACGACGAUCGCCGUGACCGGAUUCACAUUGGAAGACGCCGAUGCUUUGUUAGGACACUUCAAGCAUUUCGGUGAGAUUACCAAACAUCAGCUAGAGGAAAAGGUGCCAUCAUUGUCGAUCACAUACUCGAUUCGUCAAAACGCCGAAAAGGCACUCGUCCGGGGCAAAAUGUUCCGCGACUUGACGCUUCAGAUUGGAUGGGCGGUGAUUAACAACAACAAUAAUAACGUAGCCCAACCGACAAUUCAAGUAGAAAAAACCGAGAGCAAGGAGAAAAUUGCUUCCGUUGAAAGCACUGCGGAUGCGGAUGGUUUGGACAAAGCGAUGGAAGAAUCACCCGGGAAAUUGGAAGAAGCAGCAGGAGAAACAGUCGGCCCAGCAGUCGGAGCAGAAACCGGUUCAGCAGCUUCGAUGGACACGUUGACCGAAACGGCUUCUAUGGAGGAAGCUUCCGAGGUACAGAUGGCUGAAGAAGAAGAGGAAGAGGAGGACAUGGAAUCGGAGGACCGUUCCUGGCGCCGUUGAUAAUCGCCGUGGAGUGUGGAACCAAGCGGAUUUAUAAGCCAUCACUAGGGAGCAGCAACAGCCGGAAGAGAAAAUCAGCAAACUGAAUUGAAAUAUCAACCUUUUAUUUCACUUUUGUCAUUAACUUCUAAGUAGAUUUUGUUCUCUCCGAAUGUAGCAAGUAAGAAUUCUCCACUACGCAAAAUGUUUUCUUUUUGUUAUUUACCUUUGUAGUCGAAUGUUUUGUAACGUUUGAAAUUGUUAGAGAUCUGUCGAGCAAAAUUUUGAUUCCCAAAGCAAAACGUAGUAUCAGAGGAGUGUUUCCAUGUUUGCAAACCAACACUGAAUUACAAGCAAUUAGAAUUAGAUUUUAUUGUUCAAAGACCUUAAAGUUUACAAUGGAACCCAUUUUUAAGCUGGUAGCCUAUUAUUAAGUCGUUUGACUAUUCGUAACGAACCAAAAUUAUUGAUUAUGAAAGUUUUAUUUUGAUAGAAGGGGCACGCAUCGAAGCGGAAUCUAGCGGCUUUCAAACUACAAACAAAAAACGAUGAUAGUUGUUUUAUCGAGGAAAUCUAGUAAUUAACUAUAAAUUAAUUAUGAAGCAAAUUAAAAUCUAUACAAACCUAUAGAUACAAAAGCUAUAAGAUGAUAAAAGUAAUAAACAUUAAGUGUACAUACAGUGAUUUGUAAUCUAGGAAACAACCUAACGAAGGAAGGAAAACUAAUUUAAUAUAUUCAAACUACAAAUGAGCGAUUAGGACCUUGUUUAAAUAAUAACACCGCCGUCGUAACGUGCAAGGAUUGACCAUCAUCGACCACCUUGGGACACAUCCAUCAUCACACCGACUACAUCGAGAGGUGGCUGUAAACCUUUUUGUGCGCGUGUGCCGCCUGAUGCAACCCCGUGGACUACAGACAAGAUCGGCGAGUUUCUUUUGUUUUCUUCUAUUUCUUGUAUUUCUUUACAGAUGCGAUAACCGUUCCCAGUGCGUAACGCUUCUUGAGACGUUCGACUCAGCAACAGAUUGUAACCAGCCCCUUUAGUAGCUUGGCCGUAGUUGAUAAGAACUCAUGAAAAAAAACUGUUAUCAGUAAUUUGUGGAAAUGUAAGAGAUAGGACAGUUUGAUUUAGGAAACAUUGCAAAAGAGAAAAAAAAUAUGCGGAACUCUGAUAAAAAAAGAUGCCGAAAAAACAGUACAAUGCAAAAAAGAAAACAGCAUGCAAAAGUUACUCAAAAAAUAACGGAGUAAAAAAGAUCACAGUCGGCACAACGCUAAGAGAAGGUUUACGAGUAAUAACUAAAAAAUAAAGUUGAUUUCAAAAAAUGAAAGAUUACGGAAAACUCGUACACAGAGUUCAUGAUAGCUAUAACUUAAAA